GUUAGUUAUUUACUUCAUCUUAACUUUCAAUAUCCUAUUUUCCAAACACGCUUCCUCCCUCUUCUAGGGUUUUAGAUUGAGGUUUAAUCGCAACUUCGCAAGGCACUUUCCUUACUUUUUUCUUGAAAUAUCUUGUCUCGUCUGUUUGGUUCCCAAGCAAACGAAGGAAAACGUAAUUAAACGUUGUCCAUUGUUUCAGUUGGGGACAAAGGUGCUAACACUUUUGGGGGGCAAAUGAGGCCUGUUUUCGUUGGGAACUUCGAGUACGAAACUCGGCAGUCAGAGCUGGAACGGUUAAUUUCAAAGUACGGGAGGAUCGAACGAGUUGACAUGAAAUCUGGGUUUGCUUUUGUUUAUUUUGAGGAUGAACGUGAUGGUGAAGAUGCUAUUCGUGGACUUGAUAAUAUCCCCUUUGGUUAUGACCGGCGGCAACUGUCCGUGGAGUGGGCUAAGGGUGAACGUGGUCGGCAUCGUGAUAGUUCUAGGUCAAUAACUAAUCAGAGGCCCACCAAAACCUUGUUUGUUAUCAACUUUGAUCCAAUUCGAACAAGGGAACGAGAUAUACUACGGCACUUUGAGCCAUAUGGGAAGGUUCUUCAUGUUCGCAUUAGGCGAAACUUUGCAUUUGUGCAGUUUGCAACACAAGAGGAUGCUACCAAAGCCCUCGAGGCUACACAAAGGAGCAAAUUACUGGACAGAGUUGUGUCUGUUGAAUAUGCUUUAAGGGAUGAUGAUGAGAGGGAUGACCGAUAUGGUAGACGUGGUGAGAGUCCAUAUGGGAGGUCCCCAAGUCCUGCAUAUCGAAGGCGACCAAGUCCUGAUUAUGGUAGGGCUCACAGUCCUGUUUAUGAUCGCUAUAAUGGUCCUGCUUAUGACAGGCGCAAGAGUCCUGAGUAUGGGAGGCACAGGAGUCCAGAGUAUGGCAGAUACCGAAGCCGAUCACCUGCUCGAAGGUCAUAAAUGGCUGUCAGAUUAAUGGGGAAAAAUUGUUCAACACAUGGGUCCUUAAGUAUUUUGUGGCUCUCUGCGUCUCCUAGAAUGAUGAAUUAGCAUUUUCCUUCUCUUUCCUGUUGUACUUAAAGUCUAUAAGUUGGGAGAUUGUUAAAGUUAAACUACAAUUAACACUCGGUUGUAAUUUUCAGUCUUAGUUGGGGUUUUAUCGGCUGAUCAUUUUGGUACGCACUGGAGAACCUUUUAUUCGUGUUAAUAUAGAUUGCUGUUUCGAUAAAAAUGUGAUGUUUGCACGAUUUUCUUCCCCUUUAAUAUCUUCUAUUGCAAUUUAG